AUGGAGAGAGCGGCUGUGGUGUCGGCCCCCAGGAGUCCCUCAGUACCAGAGUGCAACAUCUCAACCUCCACCUUGGCCUUUGACCAGCACUUCACCACAACUGCCAAAGGAAUACUCCUCCUGGCUGAGAUAGUGUGUGGUAUGCUGGUGUGGAUUCUGGUCGGGGGUACAGAGUAUUUUCAUUUGUCGGCUCUCUGCUGGGUGAUGUUUGUUGCCAUACUGUGCUGGGUCCUGACCGUCUGCCUGUUUAUAAUUUACCUCACUGGAGCCCACCACAAGAUACCACAGGUUCCCUGGACUACACUGUCGCUGUGUGUGAACUGUUGUGCUGCAGCUCUGUAUCUUGUGACAGCUGUAGCAGAUGCUCUCUCAGUCAACCAGGCCAUUAGAGGGCGACACAACUACAACUGCUGGGCAGCAUCUGCAGUAAGAGCACUUCAGAUUUUUUUAGAGCUUGGAUGGAUUACUGAAAGGGCCUGCUGGGCAAAGGGUCCAAAAAGUGGCAGGGGGCCCCUGGCCUUCCCCUGCAAACUGUCAUUCAAAUUACUGCAACACUUAACGACUGCUGAGACUCAAAAUGAUCACAAAAAGAGAUGCAAAGAAACUGCAAAGAGACACAAAACAAAUGCAAGGAAACAAAAAAAUGUCUAUUAAGAGCCACAAAACCACAACAAUUUGCAUAACGACUAGAAAGAGAUGCAUAACUGUCUUGCUGCUAGAGGUUCUUUGCAUAUCUGUACCCUGCGGCCCGUUGUCUCAUAAUCUGCCCAUGGUUGAGAGAAAAGUUCAUCCAAAAAGACAGGUUUUCCUAUUUUACGUAUGCAUGUAUGUCAAAAAUAUCACAACAGUUUGUAUGUCCACAUUAUACAGAAAAAGAAAAGAGCAGCCUGUUGUCAGAAAAACAACUGACGCUCCAUGAGUUUUUGAAAAUAAAUAAAGGAAUAUAAAAUAACCACGUGUGCAAUAUAGUGUAGGAAUUGUUCAAACAAGUGACUGUGCACUGUGCAAAAUACUGUCUAGUCUGGAUGCCAAAGUCCCGUCCUCGCUAUUGUUUUGGUGAAUCAUGAGCCCUAAUUCUACAAAUAUGUACAAAUACACUGGGCUUUCAAAGCCGAUUCACAGAUUUUUAGACACUAGUACUCCUUGUGAGAAG